CCCUCCCUCCCUCCGCCCGGCGGAGGCUGGCAGGGGGAUGACGUCACCGGAUCAGGCUGACCGGCAAUGGGCGCCAUUUUGAAACCCCCAAACCUCCGGCGGCGUCGGCGCUGGCGGUGGCGGCCGCCACAGCAGCAGCAGCAGCGGCAGGGGCAGCGGCGGCAGCAGCUCGGGCACCGGCGUCGCUGGUAGCGGCUCCCUUUCCGGUCGCGGUCGGUUUACGUCUGCCACGCGGGCUUCGCUAGGCCCCGGUCUCCGCCCGCCACACACACGGCGCGACAUGGCAGGUGAGGAGAGGGGCGCACCAGAGGCAGCGGCUAUGGGGCUGGUUUGGGUGGCCCUGGUUUUGGCGGGCGGAGGCAGGCCUGAGGCCUCGGGGAGCCGGGCUGAGGGAGCUGGAAGGUUUUGGCCUAUUUAUCUUGGGUUGAGAGAGCUACUGAGAGGCGAGGGUCGGGCUUCUCACGGCAUUUCUUCCCUUUCCCGUCUCUUCGCAGGGGUGGCCGGCGGCGGCGGAGGCGGCAGCAACGAUUUCCAGUGGUGCUUCUCCCAGGUGAAGGGGGCGAUUGACGAAGACGUGGCGGAAGGUAAAGGGGGUGGUGGUUGUUGUUUUAAUUAUUAUUUUGGGGAGGGUGGGUUUAGGGGACGGAAUGACCCUGGGCUCCUAAGGAAGGGCCUCCGAAAGGCCUCACUUCCUCUCGACCCGGCUUUAAAAACCUCCCGCAAUGGGGGUGGGGGGGGGAGGAAUAAUGGUAGAGGAGGCUCCUGCUAGUCCCGGAGCUCCCUCCCAAGGUUGCUGCAGGCCCUUCUCCUCUGCAACAACCUUUCCCCCCCCCCUCCACCCUUCCUGCAGGGUUGAUGGGCCUUCACUUGCAAGGCAUCCCGCAGGUCCCCAAGCGCAGGAUGGGAAGAAGGAAGGGGCUGAGGAUGAACCCUGGUUCCCACCGCAAGGGUGCCCCCGCCACCCACCCCGGGCCCUUGUUCGGUCUGGAAGCAGCAUUAGUCUUGAGAAAGUGUUACCUUUUGCUCGCCUUUUUGUGGUUCUUCCCUUCUCUCCCCCCCCCCCCAACCAAACCACCACCAUCUUCCUCCCCCUUUUUCUGAAUAUGUGUAGGGGGGAUUGCAGAGUCUGACUAAGCUGCUGCUUGCUCUGCCUCUCCACACUGUACAGAAAACUGCUGUCUUUUUUUCCCUUUUCUUUUUUUAAUGUUCCGGGAGAAAUGACAGACAGUGGAACAAGAGGAGCGAAAAGAAAAAAAGAGGAUUGGGAGUGGGGAGCAGUCUGUCAAGGUUGUCAAGCUACAUUCUAGCCAUACAAGGAAGGGGAGGAGGCAGCCUUCUCUGAAAUUUAGUUUUUAGCAGCAGAAAUGUGAAGUCUUCUUUCUGGCAAUGCGUAGCUUUAGGAGUACUUUUAAAAAUGAUACAUCAACCAAGGUUAGAUUGAACAAGUUUGUAGCCAAAACCAGCCCAGCCUGUAAAAGUGCCUUAAAAGUUCAUUCUUAAGUAUGUUAAUUCCAAAGUAAAUCUUACAAAGUUCUUUGAUUUAUUAUCUAGUAAUUAAAAUUGCAGCCUAACUGUUGCUACUUCAUUAAAGUAGCUGGCUGGUACCCAUGGUAUUCUAGAGUUUUAUGAAGAGUCUGCAUUGCUUUUUGAAAGUGUACAGGUUGUAUUUGUAAACUUAUUAAAUACACUCUUAUUAAAAGUUUGGUUAUUAUGGAUUUUUUAACACUUAUACUACUGUCCUUAAAAGCAUUUUAAUUUGAGUUUGUGUGGUAUUCUUGUUGUAGUUUAAAAAUAAUUCAAAAGACAAAAGUUGUGGGUUUUCUUUUUACAAGAGUGGAGAGGCCAACUUAGGGUGUGGUUUGGAGGAAGAUACUGAAACCUCUGUCAUUACUAAUACUCAGACUGAUAAUAGGUGACCCUUUUAACAUAAUAGAGAAUUAAAAAUGGUUUGCAGAUAAGCGGUUUCCACACUUUCUUGAACCGCUGUUUGUUUUCCUGAAAGUGGCGUGUUUUCCAAGAAGCAAUACAGUUUCAUUAAUGCUUACUUGGGUUCAGUUGCCAUUCUUUGUUUUAUUAAGAUGUUCAUGCAUAGUCAAGCCUUCUGAAUCAUCAGUGGGUUUUAUUGCUGUUUGCUUGUAGCAUUAUGAAUAAGUGUAGUAGAAACAAUAAAUAAUUAUUGGUGAGAUGUGAAAGAGUUCUGUGCUAGAAUGGAUAGUAGUAAAAUAAAUUCCAGUAUGUGUACUAAAUCUAGUAUUGUUUUUCAACCUUGAUAGUGAUAUUUGAUAGUCUUCACACAGUUCUGUAUCUGGGUGGCAGCCAGCUGCAAAACAUUGGUAACAAGAUGUCUACAUGCUUUCAUAUUGAGCACAGUUAAUAUUUAUGUAGAGAGUUGCAUUUAGAGUUCUAUUUAUAGUGAAACAAUUAGCCACACCCACAGUAUGUGUGUCUGUCUCUAGCUACUUUGUGUAAGGGGAAGGGGUUACAUGAAUAAAAUACCUGGUCUUGCACCAGGUGGGAAUUUAUAGUAUUAAUUAACGGCACUAAAAUUUUCCGUAAAUACCUUGAUCAUAUGUUCAGUCUUGCAACUUUCUUGCUCAUGGUAAUAAAUGACUGCAGUGCAUAUCAGUUUAUCCUGUUUUGAAACAGUUGUUGCAGUAUACUUAUUUUUGUUGUGAGAAAAUAAAUUUCUAACUACUUGCUAAUGAGAAUUAGUUUUUAUAAGGUUGGCAAUUGGUUUUAAAAAGUGGGUAAUUUGCCAUCUACUGUCCACAUUAUUUUUUCAGAACAGUCUCAAGGAAGAAAGAAUAUUGUGCUUAUGAUCAAAAUUACUCUUCCCUGGAGGGCUCCAGAGUCCAGUCCCUCUCAAACUUUAUAGACACCCUUCCAGAUCAUGUGGAAGCCUCAUUGUUUCCAUAACAGUUUUCAGUAUUUCCUACUCCUGGGCAUUGUGACCCAUCACAUGGCUAUAAAAGCUAGUGUGGCUUAAUUUAGAGAAGAGAAGUUAGAACCACACUGGAGUGCAGAAUAGGACAAACUUGCUAUUAAAUGUGGGUUGUGUGCAUGUUAUAUUAGUAUAUCGGAAUAUACUAUGCUACAUGUACAAGGGCAUGUUUUAUUUUAUGGAAUAUUUGAAAAUAUUUGACCAUAGCCAGAUAACAAAUUCACUUAACCAGCAUCUCAGCUCUAAUUUUUAUCCUUGUUUAUUUGGACAUACUUUCACAUCUUGCUUCCAUUUUCCUUACCGCUAUUUUUGAAACAACUUGUUCAAGAAGCUUUGUAAAAGAAAUUACAUUUAGGUUGUUGGGCCCCAAAGAAGGGCACUAUAAUUGAUGAUAGUAUGUUUUUGCUGUUUUGUCAGUAACAUUUUAAAAUCUUUAGAGAUAAGGCAAUAUAGAGAGUUAUGCAACUAAUCUUAAAAAUAACAAUUUUCUGCACUGGGCAUAAGCAAAACUAUCAACAAAAGUAUAUGCUAAAAAGAAAACUGACAUUCAGGCAGCACAUUUGAGAACUUAACCAGUUUUUCAGGAUUAAAAUUAAAAUGUCAUAGAUCAGAGUACUCCAAACACAUGCAAGUAGUUGCUUGCAUUUCGCAGUAUCACAGUUAAUAGAAUUAAGCCUGAUACAUUUGUCAGUAACAUGUUUUCCUUUCUGUUCUUAUACCCUAUCCAAAAAAUUUUUUUUUACUUAAAUACCAUGGAUUUUAAAGGAACUUGCUUCCAGGUAAGUGUGGAUAGGACUGUACCUAUAAUAGUUUUAGAAAAUGAGGCCCGUAAUUUUUUAUUCAUAUAUUUGUGUAAUGCCAUCUUAAUAGUGAUACCCCCGUGGUGAAAAUUACAUUGCCAACUUCCUUCUAGCUUUUGCACUAAUCACACAAUGUAUGGAGGUGUGUAUUUUAUGUAUAGGUGUGCAAAAUAGGCUUCUAAGUUGUGCAACAAUCUUCUCCCUCUGAACAACACAUAAAUUCAUCCUAUAAGACCUAUAUUAAUUCAGAUUUUAGGAACACAUUUUUGCAUCAGAACCUAAUAUAUAUAGUGUUUUCAGCACUGGCAUUCAUGUGUACUAUACGUUCCACCAUAACUCCAUAUAGGUAGGCAAUGCUGGGUGAGAAAAUUUGACAAGAAUGUGUCAACUCCCUGUUCAUAACAUUUUUAUUUUCCUGUCAGUUUCUUGUAGCGUAAUGCGAGCCUUGAUUUCUCUCCUGACUGUUGACUCUCUGCUACUUGAAGAAAUAAUACAGAAUUCUUUUCUCCAGGCCAAAGUCUUGUCUUUACUCUGUAAAGUACCCAUCAAAUUGAAGGUACUAUAUUUUUAUAAUACAGGCAUCCCCCAAAUUGUGUGCGAUCAACUUCGGGCGUGACCACAUAUAUGCAUGGUGCCAACAAAUAACUAACUAACCUAAAACGGUGAGAGAGAGCUGGAAAGUCCUUGUGGCUCACAAGGAACCCCUCCCCAGAGCCUGAAGAGGACAUCAGUCAUCCAAAAGUAAAAAACAAAACAAAACAAAACUCUCCAGGGGCUCUGAAAUGGUAUGCAGGAGCUCUCACUGCUGCCGUGCUACCCCAUUCAACAGCUGUUGGGCUGGAAGCUGUAUGUACUGCAGUAGGCUCCCCACUUAUGCAUGUGGGGCCCUGGAACGUAACUCUUCAUAAGUGGGGAGUCACCUGUACUGUACUAUGGAACUGGGAAUUAUGGAUUAUAGUUCCCUGUUGUCUGUACAUACUGUUGUAAACACAUAUUGGACAAUUUUGGACACUUGUACCUGCUUAAUUAAUCAAGAUGUGUAAUAGACUGGUGGGUGUGCAUCAGCCUCUUUGUUCCUUUCCUUGCACAAGUGAGCAAAUAAACCAGGAAAUCUGAGAUUAACUAUCAUUUCUGGCUUUGUUUGAACUGACAAAGUGUUGUUAAUGGCUCUGAAACAAGCCAUAGUAUGAAGUUCACAAAUCUUAAUGACUUAUUAAGCUGACAUGUGCACUUCCAAACACAGCCAUUAUAUAUUGUGUGAAGCUGCCCUUAAGGCAGGGGUCGGAAACCUAAGAUCCAUGGGCCACUUAACUGGACCAUGCACCCCUGCAGGUCAGUCGGCUCCCAUGCGCUGUGCUAAGCCGGCGCAGAACAGAGCAGGGACCGCCUUCCGUAACACUGGCCGGCUUCCCAUUGGCUGCAGGAAGCUCCUGCUGCGCACGCCUCCUCCGCGCUGGAAGGAGCGCCAAAAAUAGCGUUUGCUCAUGCAUGCACGCACUCCGGUCCACCGCAGCGUCUGCGUGACCGUGAACCAGCCCAAGCCACAGAAACUUUGCCGACUCCUGCCUUGAGGUUAUCGGCUACAAGUUGAUAGACCACACCAUAUCUUGCUAUGGCUUAAUAAUAUCCUUUAAACUUGAAUUUUAGAUAAGCUAUAAAGAACUUUAUACUUUUAUUUUAUGAUGCUGUUUUUGUGCUGAAACAUCACAACUAGUAACGAAUCAGUGUUUGGGAGUGUUUAAAUGCAUUCUUAUGAAUUACCGUAUUUUUCGCUCUGUAAGACGCACCCGACCAUAAUACGCACCUAGUUUUGAGAGGAGGAAAACAAAAAAAGGCAGCAAGAGCCACAGACAUGCUCGCUUGGCGUGGCUCUUUAAAGAUAAAGUGGCUCUUGCUGACUUUUCCAGGAGAUGGAAGAAGGGACUGAUGGGCUGCCCUCUGUCUCUUCUCCCACCUCCCUGAAAAGCCAGAGCAAGCUGUGCAGCUAUUGCUGAAGCCAGGAAGCCAGCAACCCAGAAGCGCUGCGCAGCUCUCGCUCUUGCUGUGCUGGCUUCGGCGAUAGCUGUGCAGCCUGCAUUCGCUCCAUAAGACGCACACACAUUUCUCCUUUUUAGGAGGAAAAAGGUGCAUCUUAUGGAGCAAAAAAUACGGUAUGUGUAGUUUUAAAUAAGUGAAAAUUUCAAGGCAUUUAUUGAAAUGAUCUCACAUGCCACUUAUUUUGUAUUGAUCUGGUACAGAAAGAUGUGGAGCUAUUAGAAUAAUAAUGGGCUCGAAAGUGCUGAUUUGAGUAUAGCAAGAUAUUUUGGUAAAUGAGGCUGCAAUCAUAUAUACACCUUAGAAUAGCCCAUUGAACUAUGGGGCAUAGUUCUCCGUAGACAUGUUAAGGAUUGUAUGGUUAAAUAUCACUUUUGCUUAUAUUUUAACUAAAAAACAUUUUUUCGGGGGGGGGGAGUUUGAUCAAUGUUACUUCCUUAUCCCAAUAUUGUGCAUAACAACUUUAAAAAUGCUUUUGAUUUUGAAGCUUUGUAUCAACCAGAUAUGUAAACUGACUUGAUCCUCAACAUAGUAACUGAGCUUUGCAGAAUCUUCCUUUCUUGCCCCAUCACUUACCCACUCCCACUCUCUCUACGUACAUUGUCAGCACUUUGUACAUGCUGCACACCAUUAAUUUUGCCUUUGCUGUGUUCUUUGACACACAGUAUGGUAGGACUGGUGCAUUUGGACCUGUCCACUCUUUAAAUGUUGCUAAUGUAGAUGGUAAAGCCCUGUUGUGCUUUCUCCCAUCUUGAGGAAUAGCACUGUAGCAAUUCUAUUUAUUUAUUCUAAAGCAUUUCCAAACUGCUCCUUAUCUUUAAAAUCCCAAAGUGGUGUACACUGUGUACAGUAUAAAAGCAUUUGUUGAAACAAAACUAUAGCCUAAAAUCAAUAAAACGGUUUAGAAACAGAAAAGUAUGUAAAAAUAAAUAAAACAGAUUUAGGGGAUUCAAAAACAUAAAUAUUGUGGCUGUGCAUGCAGGCUCCUAUACACACUGGUGAUGAAAAGUGGAUGGAGGGGAGGAGCCAUCUGCUGAUGCAUGUCUGUUCAGCCAGGGGAAACUACUACUUCAGGCAAGCAAGAAAUUGAAUCCCUAAGCUAUAUAAGAAUGUACCAUAUCACAUAAGAUAUGCUCCAAGAGGCAUAACAUUUUGAGAAACGUACUCAUUUUAAACCAUCUUUCUUAUUGGCAGUACUAGAUUCUCUGGUUUUACAUUUGAAGGAUGUGACUAAUUCCAUAUAGAAGCAACUUUGAUUUUUCAACAAACUCAUUUUCAGCUGGGCAGAUGUCUUGGCACUCAUGCCUGUAAUCCUGCACUGCAGAGUUUCUUCCUAACUGCAUGGUUCAAAGUGCUUUAAGAGCAUUGCUAUAAGCAAGUGGUCUAACUUGCUUAAAAAGCAAGCUAUUAUUUGUUGUCACCAUCAGGCCCUCCCUCAAGUCCUCUGGCAUAUGCAGAGAGGUUGGGGUCUUCCUGUCUGUGCAUGGGUGGUAUAAUGUAGAGAAAAGAAGAUUGAAGGGACUCCUGCUAUACCUUACCUUCUGAAAAAUUGUACUGCAGUUGGAAGACUCAAGGAAAUAUGUGUACUGCUGGUCAUUCUGCUUAUUUUCUUUGGCAAAAUUGCAGUUCUUAUGCCAAACCAUCCCAUGGCAUGAUUUUUCAAAACUUGUGCAUUUAAAGAGUUGUUUAGGACCAAUUAAUAAAAAUCAAAGUGUUAGAAAUAACCUCAAGUUCAUCUAGUCCAACUGAUCAAAAAAAUCCACUAUGUUUUUAACUGGUUACCAUUCAGAAUUUACAUAAAGCUGUGUGACAUGAAUUGAUAGGGAUACUUAUCAGUAAUUUACUGGGGUUCAUGUACUUCCCAGGAUCAUGCCCUAUAUGUUAGGUCCACAGUGCCUCCUUUCAAAAGAUGAUUUUAAAAAAUCAGAUAAUUUAUAUGUAGUAAGAAAAGCUUCCUAAUGAUUAUCAUACUACAUUAAGAAAAACAAUAAUAGUACACUCGGGUUGUACUCAUGCCUUCGUGUUUCUGUGCAGUAAAAGGUUGACCAAGCCAUCAGUUCAUUGUAUUUUUUUCUGGAUAGUUGAAGGCACAGAAACCCUAUCUAGUAUACCAAUGCACAGCUCCAGGAUUAUGAGCUUAGUUUGAAGCAAAAUCAAAUAUGAAAGUUCAUUUCAUGCAGGCACCUUAUUCCUACUACCAAACCUCCCUCAUGUGUCUAAAUACAGGCACAGGGCAUUUAAGGUCAAAGCAAUGUUGCUGACUGACUUUCUGCUUAGAGACAGAAGAACAGCAGUGCUGAUCUGACGGAUCCUCACCUUUCUUCUAUCGUUGAUUUGGCAAGCUAUUGAUUAAAUCCUUCAAUGCUGUAAUGUGGCCUAGAAACAAAAUAUAGUACUACCAUGCUGUCUUGUCAUGACUGAUUCUUAUAACCUUUUGCUGCCUAUUGAGAAGAUAUAUGCCUAAUCUUUGAAAAUCUUAAAAGUAUAAAUGAUUGUUAUACUUUGUCAUAUUGUUAAAAAUGGAUUAGACCUGAGUGUUGCAAAUAUGUAACUGAAGAAACUAAAGGCCUAAAUCUAAAAAUGUUAGCAAAAUCAGUAUAUUGCUUAUAGAAUUUAGCUGGUAUAGGUAUUUUAACUUUCUGAAACAUCACAGGCAUUCAAACCUACUUAGGCCACCAAGUGAACAGGAAAUAUGUUGAAUAGCUGUUGUAUGGUUUGUCACUUGGGAACUACUUUUACCUUAACUGAUCUAAAUAGCUAGUAAAUUCAAUGGUCUUUAGCUUAGAAUUGUCCUCAUUUUUGAGAGACAAACAGAUGUAACACUUAAACACCCCAAUAAGAUGUUUGCAUUCUAAUUUAAGGAUUUGGGGCGCUAGCUAUUAAACUUUUUGCCAAAGUUGGAAUCAGGAUGAUAGUCUCAAAAAGACUGGUAAGGAUCCAUAUGUAGCAAAAGCAUCCUGUAGAAAAAGUGAAAAUACAGUGCAAAAUUAUGAAGUGUAUGCAAAUAGUUUUUCAUGCAUUACUCGUGGAUAACAUUGCUUAUACAGUCAUCAGUUAAUCUUCCGUAUUGGGAACAUUUCCAGAGCAAAACAUGUGCCCCUCCAUUGCCUCAGCAUUAGUGUUCACCAUACCUUGCAGAUAUUCCAUGCUUCCCUUCAAAUGUCUUGAAAGCAAAUGUGUUAGCAUUUACUAUUUAUUUUAAUAUAAAGAGGGUUGUUUCUUCAUGGGAACACUAAUGUGGGAACGUUAGAAAAAAUAGCAUAUACAACAGGCUUACAGGUCAUGUUUUAAUGUCCCAUGGGAAUUUUAAUUUGCAGCAAAACAGGAACUGGCAGAAACAGUGUCCAACCAGUGAUCAUUAGGGAUUUGGGGGAUUAGAUUGUGGAAUUGCCUCCUAGAUAUUGGUUUGUGGAAUUUCAAAGGGUUCAGUGCCAGUUUUGCUAACAUCUUAAUGAAACUCCUGAGAAAGAACAUCAACCUUUUUGGAGUGAGGUGCCAUCAGUAUGCAGAUGACACCCAACUCCUUGCUUUAAUUACUAAACAUUGAGGUGCUGCUAUUUAGGGUUGCCAUAUUUUGAAGAGCAAAAAAGAGGAUGCUAUGAUGCAAUUUGCCUCAGAUUUAUCCCUGAAAAAGAGGACAUGUCAUGGAAAAAGAGGACAUAGGGCAACCCUAUCUGUUCUGAAUAUGUGGAAAGAUGUAGCCAUGUGGAGAAGGGGUAACAGAUUGACACUGAAUCCAAACAAAAAAGGUUUGAUACUAGCAUCCUGCAAAAAAUGUACAUUUUCCUAUAAUUGAUUGGCGUUUCAGUCUUCCUAUCAGAACUGGAACCAAGGGUAGGACUGGGUUAUCAACAUAUUGUCCCAAACUGGUCUGAAGUCUAUAUCAUGAUGUCAGUUUCAUGAUUUUUGACCUGGAAAUAUUUUGUGAAUGUCUGUGUGUGUGUGUGUGUGUGUGUGUGUGUGUGUAUGCGCUAUGCAAAAAUCACGAUGUGGGAAAAACAAUGAAGCAUGACAAUUACCGUAUUUUUCGCACCAUUGGACGCACAUUUUCCCCUCCAAAAAUGAAGGGGAAAUGUGUGUGCGUCCUAUGGGGCGAAUGCAGGCUUUCGCUGAAGCCUGGAGAGCGAGAGGGUCGGUGCGCACUGACCCUCUCGCUCUCCAGGCUUCAGGAGCUCUGCGCAACCCUCGGGAGACCGACUCCGAGGGUUGCGCAGAGCUGCCUGCAGUCCCGGGCUCAGCGCAGCUCUGCGCGGCCACCGGGCGCGAAGUCCCGCCCCGCUCCGGAUGGCGGCGCAGAGCUGCCUGCCGUCCCCGGCUCAGCGCAGCUCUGCGCGGCCACCGGGAGCCGGGCGCGAAGUCCCGCCCAGCUCCGGAUGGCGGCGCAGAGCUGCCUGCCAUCCCCGGCUCAGCGCAGCUCUGCGCGGCCACCGGGAGCCGGGCACGAAGUCCCGCCCAGCUCCGGAUGGCCGCGCAGAGCUGCCUGCAGUCCUGGGCUCAGCGCAGCUCUGCGCGGCCACCGGGAGUCCCACCCCGCUCCCGAUGGCCGCGCAGAGGUGCCUGCCGUCCCCGGCUCAGCGCAGCUCUGCGCGGCCACCGGGAGCCGGGCGCGAGUCCCGCCCCGCUCCCGAUGGCCGCGCAGAGCUGCCUGCAGUCCCGGGAUCAGCGCAGCUCUGCGCGGCCAUCGGGAGCGGGCGCGAAGUCCCGCGCAGCUCUGCGCGGCCAUCGGGAGCGGGGCGCGAGGUCCAGCGCAGCUCUGCGCGGCCAUCGGGAGCGGGGCGCGAGUCCCGCCCCGCUCCGGAUGGCGGCGCAGAGCGGCCGGCCGUCCCCGGCUCAGCGCAGCUCCGCGCGUCCAGCCUGCUCCGGGCGCGCCGUCCCGCCCCGCUCCCGAGGGCUGCGCAGAGCUGCCUGCAGUCCCGGGAUCAGCACAGCUCUGCGCGGCCAUCGGGAGCGAGUCCCGCCCCGCUCCGGAUGGCCGCGCAGAGCUGCCUGCAGUCCCAGGAUCAGCGCACUUCUCCCCUUCGCCAGCCCCACAAGCUCGGGGGACAGCGGGGAGGCAGAGCGCACCUUCCCGCUGUUCCCCGACCUAGUUCUUCCAGCCCCGCACCUGGGGGGGAAAUAAAAAUAUUUUUCUUUAUUUCCCCCCAAAAAAACUAGGUGCGCCCUAUGGGCCGGAGCGUCCUAUGGAGCGCAAAAUACUGUACUCUACAUAGCUUCAUCCUUAUUUCAGACAUUGUGAUAUACAGUGGUACCCCGCAAGACGAACGCCUCGCAAGACGGAAAACCCGCUAGACGAAAGGGUUUUCCGUUUUGGAGGCGCUUCGCAAAACGAAUUUCCUAUGGGCUUGCUUCGCAAGACGACAGCCCAUAGGGAAAUCUCAGGGACAGCGGGGAAGCGCAGCGCGUCUUCCCACUGUCCUCGGACCUCCUCCGAAGCCUGGCGGCGGGGCGGGGACACCUCCUCCCGCCGCCGCCGGGCUCGGAAGGCUCCUCCGGCCGGGCGGGGGGAGGGAACACUCAGCCGCCGCCGCCCGGCCUCGGAACGGUGCCCGGGCCGGGCGGGGGGAGGGAACACCUGCCGCCGCCGCCCGGCUCGGAACGGUGCUCCGGCCGGGCGGGGGGAGGGAAGACCUCCGCGCCGCCCGGCUCGGAACGGUGCCCGGCCGGGCGGUGGGGAGGGAAGACCUCCCCGCCGCCCGGCUCGGAACGGUGCCCGGCCGGGCGGGGGGAGGGAACACCUCCGCCGCCGCCCGGCUUCGGAACGGUGCCCGGCCGGGCGGGGGGAGGAAGACCUCCGCCGCCGCCCGGCUCGGAACGGUGCCCGGCCGGGCGGGGGGAGGGAAGACCUUCUGAAGGCGGGCGGGGGCGAAAGUCUCUGCUCCCCUGCCUGCCUGUCCCGGAGGGCUUUUGAAGGCGGGGGAGCAAGACUUCGCCCCGCCCGCCUUCAGAAGAGGUCCAGGACCUCUUCUGAAGGCUGGCGGGGGCAAAGUCUUUGUCCCCCUGCCUGCCUUCCCAGGGGCUUUAAAUUGCCCCGGACAGCGGAGAAGUCCUCCGCUGUCCCGGGUGAUUUUAAAUGCCGCCCGCCAGCAUUUUAAGAUCGCCUGGACAGCGGAGAAGUCCUCCGCUGUCCCGGGGUUUUAAAAUGCUGGGGGUGGGAAGAAAAGCCCUUGCUCCCCCAGCCUUCAGAAGAGGUCCGGGACAGACUGUCCCCGGACCUGGUCUGAAGGCGGCUUCCUAGGAACGCAUUAAUUGAUUUUCAAUGCAUUCCUAUGGGAAACCGUGCAUCGCAAGACGAAAAACUCGCAAGACGAAGAGACUUGCGGAACGAAUUAAUUUCGUCUUGCGAGGCACCACUGUAUCGGCAUAUUGUGAUGUUUAGCUGAUGAUAUAUCACAACGUUGAAAACCUUGUAAUAUAUUGAUUGUAUGUUGAUCACCCAGCUCUAUUCAAGAGUUGUGCUGAACCUUCUCUUUGAUGAGCACUUAUCUGCAGGACCAAAAAUAGUUCUAUGCCAGGUCCAUCUGUUGUGGAGGUGCCACCUAAUUAUGACCUUGUGGUAGACUUCUGUUGAAAAAUAAUUAAAGCAAGUUACACUUUGAUGACAUAGAUACAAAACAAAUGCAGACCUUUCGUGGGUGGGAUCGGAGACCCAAUAUGCAUACAGUGUACUGUGCCUAGACAAUCCUGUUGGUACUUCUGAAGGAACAUAAUCUAGUUCAUCAAUAAAAAUGUGCUUCAAAGGGUUUUCUGAACAAGGCAACUUUUAGUUCCAUACAUAAGAAUGUCAGGUGGCCUGAUUAAUGUUAUGUGUCGUAUGACAUUAUCAUGGUAGUAUGAAACUGCUCCCAGAUAAUAGGACAAGAUUGCUUACUGAGUUCUUCUGUGUUCUCUUAGAAUCUCUGGCAAAAUUAUAAGUGUGUAUUUUGUCUUGGUUGCUGAAUUCAUGCUGUUGGAAAAGAGGGGAUUUUUUUAUAGCAGAAAACAAUUGCUUCAAGAGGUCCAUCUGUGCAGCUUAACCUUUCCAUUCAGCUGAUAGUAAACCAUUUAUAGCUAUAUGCAGGAAAACACAAGGCUUUAAGCAUACUGGGUAUAAAAAUAUUUCCCAGAUGCUUGAAUGAAGCACCACAAUAAGAGGUCUUGUCUGAUUGUUAUAAUUCAAUGACUGUGUUUUGAGUUUAUUUUUUAAAUUACAAGAUCUGGAUUACUUUGUUUUGAAGGGACUUUUUUGUCUUAUGCUUAAUCUUUAGUUUUUGUUUGUGCAUAGAUGCUGUUAAUGUAGGAGCCUUAAUUUGCUAUUUGUAGUUGUAUGCUAACAUAGCUUCCCAUAUCACUCUAGUUAGAGGCUGUCUAAGAAUAGAAGUGAUUAUAACUUGCUCACAAAAAUUCACAUAUAAAAUCUUUCUAAAUGGUGCAUUUUCAUUCAAGCACCUAAGUUUUCCCUGUAGAGGGAAAGCAUUUGUUGUCAAAAUGCUUAGUGGUUAGAAUCUCUUGGGUCAUUAUUUUCAGUAUCUUAUGGGAAGGUAUAGCAUUUGCGGAAAAUUAAUGUUUUCUCUAAAAUAAGUUGUACAUGUCUAGUACCAUCUGGAAAAGAAGAUUGCAAAAUAGUGUAUCAGGUCUUGAACCUGAGUUGGUGGAUGUGUGGCUAGCUCAUGUGUUAUGGGCUUGCGCCAAAGCUGAGUAGUUACAGUAUUGGUACAACAUUCUAUAUCACUAUUGAAUUUCCUUUCACCAUAGUUCUAGUAGAACUAUGCUGGAAGAGCAAGUGGUCUGUUCAAUCUAAUCUUCUUUGCUUGGUGCUCAGAGCCUUGAGGAACACUAGUUUAUUGCACAUUCGCCUCAUCAUUACUGUAUUUUUUGCUCUAUAAGACGCACCAGACCACAAGACGCACCUAGUUUUUGGAGGAGGAAAACAAGAAAAAAAAAUUCUGAAUCCCAGAAGCCAGAACAGCAAGAGGAAUUGCUGCGCAGAACAGCAAGAGGAAUCGCUGCGCAGCGAAAGCAGCGAUCCCUCUUGCUGUUCUGACUUCUGGGAUAACUGCGCAGCCUGCAUUCGCUCCAUAAGAAGCACACACAUUUUCCCUUACUUUUUAGGAGGGAAAAAGUGAGUCUUAUAGAGCAAAAAAUACGGUAUAUUUUCCCCACUCUCUAUGGGUGAGGUUCAACUAUUGUUGCACUUUGAUGUAGAAGAUAUGCAUUGGGAAUGCUGGGAAUUUGCUCCAAGGUGGAUCUGGGCUCAUUGACAAAGCUUGCCAAAUGCCUUCUUAGAAUGCAGGUGUUCAAAAACCUCAAAACUGGUUGUCAAAUCUUAGCUUGAGAAACCAGCUAGUGGCACUUGAGGCCAAAUUGCAUUUUUCGCUUCAGCCUGGAAUUCUCUGAUCUAUUGCUCUUAAAAAAAAUCCUCAUGAAGAGGUCAUUUACAGCAUGGAUAAGAGACUUAACCCCAUGUCUCUUAGUCCCACCCAUGUUUUAAGUUUUCCGACCAUGUUACUUACAAGAGCAGUUUUGGAUCCCUACCAUGAAGGAGAAGAAAGUGAGUGGCAAAGGAAGCACUCUCGUCUCUGUGCCCUUCUCUGAUGCAAAAUAUCCUUUACCAAACUGAAGCUGUGUUUGACUACUUAGUGGUUGCAAAUCCUUGUUUCCUAGCCUCUACCAGCACAGGAUCUCACAAAUGUGGAACUGUCCAGUUAUCAUACAUAGCUACAAUGCUGGUUCCCCAGCAAUAUCUAUGCCUGUGUUGGUGGAUGGGGGGCAGCAAAGUCAUAUAUCGGCUUGUCCCUUUGGUUUGAGGGACACUUAAUGACAUACAUUAGAUUCAUGCAAGCCUCCCUGCCCCACAGCAUAUAUAUGAUAACUACAGUGGUACCUCGGGUUACAUACGCUUCAGGUUACAGACUCCACUAACCCAGAAAUAGUGCUUCAGGUUAAGAACUUUGCUUCAGGAUGAGAACAGAAAUUGUGCUGCGGCGGCAGCAGGAGGCCCCAUUAGCUAAAGUGGUCUUCAGGUUAAGAACAGUUUCAGGUUAAGUACGGACCUCCGGAACGAAUUAAGUACUUAACCCGAGGUACCACUGUAGACAGAAAUCUACAGAAGGGGAGAUGGUAAUUCUGGCUAUCGUUAGCAAAUUGUUGUUUCUGUGUCUUCUUCUAGUAUGCCAUUCUUAAGAUAACCAACUAUUACCUUUGGAUCUGCUGGCAUAUUUUUUACUAGAAUUUCUGAUAAAAUUCUAAAAUGUCUGAAUCUUCAUACAUGCCUAAUAAGGUGGAAUAUACCGUAUUUUUCUCACCAUAGGACGCACCGGACAAUAGGACGCUCUUUGUUUUAGAGGGGGGAGAACAAGAAAAAAAAUUCGCCCCCUCUCUGCCCAGCGCCCCUUCAGCAAAGCGGCAGGAGGCUCUGUGCAGAGAGGGGGAGAACUUUCCCUCUCUUGUUUUCCCGCUCUAAAACAAGGUGCCGUUUAAGGUGCGUUCAGGCGGCUACCUUGGAAGCCUGGAGAGCAAGAGGGUCGGUGUGCACUGACCCUCUCGCUCUCCAGGCUUCAGGUUCCUUCGACCUGCUCUUUGGGGCUGGCGGGGGGAAGCCCACCACCAGCCCCAAAGAGCAGGUCAGGGAGCAGCGGAAAGGCGCAGCGGAGAGGCUCCUGCCAUAGCCGUGCGUCACCUCUCCAGCCGGGAGAGGGUCGCGGGGCUAUGGCGUCUUCGCUCCAUAGGACGCACACACAUUUCCCCUUCAUUUUUGAAGGGGAAAAAGUGCGUCCUAUAGAGCGAAAAAUACGGUAUUUGUUCCAGGCAUUUCACAUUUCCAUCAACAAUCUGUAAUUUCUGGGUAUAUUAUUUAAUCAGCAUAUGUUGUUCCCACUUAGGCUGAUAUUUGUGUUCUAGAGACUCUAAAUUGGUUAAGAACUUGCAUAUUCUACUCCCUUUGUUAUCAAACAUAAUUCAUAUUUUACACCUUCUUGGGUCACUUAAUGAACCACAAAUCCAUAAAAGUUUUAAGUAUAUCUCUAAUUUCAAUGUAUAGUGUAACAAGGGUAAAGGUGUAGGUACCCCUGACCAUUAGGUCCAGUCGCAGACGACUGGGGUUGCAGCGCUCAUCUCGCUCUAUAGGCCGAGGGAGCUGGCGUUUAACCGCAGACAGCUUCUGGGUCAUGUGGCCCCAUAACUAGCGAUUUCUGAAGUCUGCCUGUGACUAGGAAUUCAAUUUGAGCUAGCAGACUGAAUCACUGCCAAAAAAAUGUUAUAAAGAUUGGUAGCUCUUACUAGAGGUAAUGAAGGCAUCUUUCUAGAGAACUAUGGGUGACGUUAUUUUUUAGUAUGGAAGUCAUUCAAAGAAUAUUCUAAUCUAGUUCUCUAGGGUUUUCAUUUGCGUAAAAAAAUCACUUGUGUGGUAGAAGAUACAAACCAUUUCAGACAGCACAAGCUUGUGCUCAUUGGCUUACACUUCCUGUUUCCCAUUAUUGCAUCUAAAAUUGUUAAUAUGGAGCUUUGAAUAUCCAUGCAUAACUUUAAAACAAGAAAUUAUUUCCUCUCCAACACCAUCCAUUAUUACAUUUAUAUGGGCCAGAUAAAUUAUCUCACUAACUGCCCAAAGGUUAUGGAAAUGUGUUCGCAGGUGGUUCGUUUUAUUAAUCUAAAAUACUAAUUUUACCAUCCCAGACCUGUUUUUCUCCAAAGCAUGUUGCUAUGUCUUCAGUAGAGACUGCUUCAGAUUGCAGCCUAAGAAACAUAAAAGAGUGAGGCCAGGGUCCACAGAGCUACACAACUGUGUAGUACUGUCUCCUCAAGUUGUGAGGUUCAGUUGUGUGAAGCAGCCCAAACACAAGCACAUCCUAUGCCACAUAAUUAGUUAAUUUUGAAACUGAAGCAGUUCAUAGUAUCAUAGAAUUGUAGAGUUGGAAGGGACUGCAAACGUCAUCUAGCCAACCCCCUGCAAUGCAGGAAUCACAGCCAAAUAAUCCAUGACACCCAACUUCUGUUUUAAAACCUCCAAUGAAGGAAAGUUCACUUCCUUCCAAGGUAGGUUUUUUUUCACUGUUGAACAGCUCUUACCAUCAGAAAGUUCUUCCUAAUGUUGAGUACACAUCUCACUGAUUCAACAUAGGUGUGUUUGAGUGUGCAUCUGUGUAGCUACUUGGAUUCUGGCCUAUAGGUUUAGCAUGAUAGUGUGUACCUUAACUUUAGAAAUCACUAUUACCCUGCUUAUACUGUGCACUAGAGGGAAGAGGAAUUAAGUAAACUCUAGGAAUACUGACAUCAGAGUGUUACCUUGUGGUAAGGGAAAUGGGUGUGGGGGCAUAGAAAGCACUGCAGACUUCAUUCUCAUUUUAUUGAGAUUUGCUCAAGUCUGCCAAUAUCUUAGCAUGUUUCCUUAAGAAAAAGGAAUAUCUCAAUUCUCUCCUCAGCUCUGUUAUUGUAGUGUUUCAAAUUUAUUCACUGAAUAAUUCAAAAUUUAGAAUCUUAAUGCUAGUAAGUACAUCCAGUGUAGCAGUAAUCUUUCUCGCACAAUAGAAUAUAAUAACCAAGCAGGCUGGGGAACAGAUUACGUCUAGUUAUUAGAUAAUGUUCAAGGAGCUCUUUCAUCCAUUGAAGGGCAAGACUGGAUCCAACCCAAUAUGUUUUAUCCAUUCCAAGCUGAUAAAUUAAUGCCAUGGUCAUAGUGUUUGUAGCUUUCUAUAACCUUGAAGGCUUUUUAAAAUGGAAAGCCACAUUUUCAAAUGUUGUUGUGUUAGAGGUAUUAUUACAAUCAAUCGUAUAUACAUUUUGUCAAACAAAUAAAUAAAACACUGAGUGGCUUUCCAUGUGUCCUUUAGGUAGAGUUUAGGCUUAUGCACCCAUGACCUUUAGACAACAUUCAUUACUAGGAUUAUUUAUUUAUUUGCAUUUAUAUACCACUGCUCUGCCAAGGCAUCCAAGGCAGUUUACCAUUUUAAAAUAGUAAAGCAAAUAAAUUAUAUCAAAUGUACAGUAGUAAAGUCUUCUCGGGCCAACUGGGAGCUGAUGGCACAAGCUUCCUGGCCUGGGCUCCCUCGCUUCUCCCUUCCCUCAGGUCACACAGAGCUCCAGGGAGUGUGGGAAAGGAGCUACCCCAACAGUUCUCUCAGACCGUUGAUGUUUCUGUCAGGAGCCGAUGGUAUGUGUGCCCAAUUUUAUCCUAAAUUGUCAUUUGUCAUAUUGUUACAGUAGAGCUAGGUUGCAUGCUUUUAAAUGCAGGCAGUAGCUGUUGGUGCAGCAGAGCAGGGAGGGGAAAUGACAUUGUGGAGGCUCAGCGGCCUCUCAGGAACCAGCAAUGGCGCCUGGUGUUCAGAAGACCGGUGACCAACCCUGCCUACACUGCCCCACCGACCACUACUGCAUAUAGGCGGCCUCCUUUUUGUACUUUGAGCAUCCAUGACCGGCUAAGCUGCUUGUGAAUUUCAAAAGGCAUCUUGACAUCCAUAGCUGGUGCCCAUUGUAACUGGUAGGGAGGAAGGCAAACAGGAGAUAGCGUCGGAGACAAUGACUCCCGGAGCCACAGCUAAUGACAGGCAAAACUGACUCCUAGUUUUGUCCACAUCCUUCUCCCUGCUGAGUUCUACAGUGGAAGCACAAUAAACGACUUGGACAAAGGAAUUGAAGGGGUGCUAAUCAAAUUUGCAGGUGACACCAAACUGGGAGGGGUAGCCAAUGCUGCAGAAGACAGAAUUGGGAUUCUAGACUGUCUUAACAGAUUGGAGAACUGGGACCAAACUGACAGAAUUAAUUUCAAUAGGGACAAAUGUAAGGUUCUACGUGGAGGCAGGAAGAACCAGCUGCACAAAUAUAAGAUGGGGGACACCUGGCUUGCUGGUAGUAUGUGUGAAAAGGAUCUGGGGAUCUUAGUGGACCACAAGCUUAACAUGAGUAAACAGUGUUAUGAAGCAGUGAAAAGUGAAAAAAGCUAAUGCUAUUCUAGGCUGCAUCAACAGAAGUAUAGUGUCCAGAUCAAGGGAAGUCAUAGUACUGUUCUGUUCUGUGUGCAUAGGAGGGUGGUCAAGGUGGAAACAAAGGCUUAUGAGGAAAGGUUGAGGGAGCUGGGUAUGUUUAGCCUGGAAAAAAAGUGACUGUGAGGAGGUAUGAUAGCCUUCUUCAAAUAUCUAAAUGGCUGUCACAUGGAAGAUGGAGCAAGCUUUUUUUUCUGCUCAGAGGGUAGGACCCAAACCAUUGGAUUCAAGUUACAAGAAAGGAGAUUCCAACUAAACAUCGGGAAGAACUUUCUGACAGUAAGAUCUGUUCGACAGUGGAAUGGACUCUCUCAGGAGGUUGUGGACUCCCCUUCCUUGGAGGCUUUUCAACAGAGGCUGGAUGACCACCUGUCCUGGAUGUUUUACUUGAGAUUCCUGCAUUGUAGGGGGGUUAGACUAGAGGUCCCUUCCAACCCUACAGUUCUGUGAUUCUUUGAUUUUAGAGUCAUAAGAAGGAGGAACCUGACAGUCAGUGCUACUCCCUGAAAUGGUUGUAGGUAAGGCAGGCAGGUGGGGAUUGGCUGACAGCAGAUUGGAUUUGGUGGGGCAAUGCUCCAUUCACUGAAAUGAGCCAGCCUCCCCUGCAUCUUGUUAUCUUUAACAUUUCCACACUCAGUGUUGAGUGCACAAAUUUGAGAUUGUUCUUCAUGAUGUUUGGACUACUUAAAAGGUGAUGAAAGCUUGUAGAGAGAACCCAUCACUUUUAAUAGUACAGUUGAAAAUCAGCUUGCAAAUUCAUGUGGACCUGUUGUCCGUUCAAUUGUAUACCCUGUUCUUAAGGUACUUGGCUCACUUUACACAUUAUAAUACUUUUGUCUCUGUUUUCUGUUUACAGCUGACAUUAUCUCAACAGUUGAAUUUAAUUACUCUGGAGAUCUUCUUGCAACAGGAGACAAGGGUGGCAGAGUGGUUAUAUUUCAAAGGGAACCAGAGGUCAGUGCCAUUCAAAACAAUAAAAAAGUGGUUCUUCUCCCUUGUAGUUUAUGUUUAAAGUGAAUGGUAUCACAACAUCACAUCAUCAGUUUUAAUUUAUGAUCAAGCUAUUUUCUUUUAAAAAUUGAUCUUUAUACUUUACCUGCCAACUAUUUCAAGUACAUUGAUGUUUUCCCCCAGAAUUCAUUAAGUCACAGUCAUUCUUCAGAUUACUCAUUUUCAGAUGAUACUACCUACAUUAGUUGUAUGUACAUUCAUAAGUAGGAAUAGAAUGGCUUGAGGAACAUCUGUUCUUUAUUGCUUGUUCAACUAUUCUGAAAAAGAAUGCAAUAAGAUAACUAAGAAAGGUUAAGCAAUACAUAUAUAUCCUUAGCCACUGAUGAGAAAGAUUUUUGGGUUGGCUACUAGUUUUUAUUUUACGUGUUUAUUACAUAGGUAUUGUGUCAGUUGAAGGGGAAAGUGUGCACUAAGUCAUACCAUUGUGUUAAGGAAUGCACAUUUGUCUUUGGCAAUCUUUAGAGAGAGGACUUAACAAAAAAAUAGAGAAAACUUGCUGAUACUUUUAGGAACUGCAAAUAGAAAGGUACUAGAAAAAGCUGUCUGAUUUAUUCACACCAUCUCAGGAACCUGUAAGUCUUCAUUCCAACUAGGGUUGCAGUCCACUUUGUGCACCGAGAGGAGUUUAAGGUUUACAAAAUAAUGAGGUCUUGCAGCACUGCAAGGCAAGAAUAGCCUUGCUUUAUUUCAGAUUUUGUAAAAGGGGAAAAGCCAGUUGCAAUACUGCUUCCCUUACUACAGAUGAGGAAGAAAUUCUGAUUUAAAACUUUGUGGAAAACACACAUGCAAAGCUAAUCAAGAAGACCCUCGUUUUCAGAAUAGUUAAAAAUUAGUAGCUGCAAGAACAAGUGAAUUGAUUCCAUACAUUUGCUUUUUCAAAGCAACAACAAAGGAAUGAUACUUUUUUUCUUUUUAAAUGGUGCUUCCAGAUAUGUGUAAUGGAGCUAGGUUUCUCUGACUAAAGGUAAUUUGUGACAUUGCUCCAAUUUUAUGAACCGUGAAACAGUCAUAUACUGACUUAAACCAUUGGGCCAGUAUUAUAUUCUCUGAUUUGGCAACAGCCAGUGAUUUUUUUUUUGGGGGGGGGGAGUUGAGUUAGAAAAUUUUUCCAUGCAACUUAGGUCCUUUUUACUUGUAUUUGGUAAAUAAAUCUAAAAACUGCCCAGCUUGUCUAAUAUUUGAUUGCUGCUGGCACCCAUUCGUUGUUACUUAUGAAACAGAUUUUUUUCCAUUAAAAAAUAAAGUAUUGGAAAACUUUAUGCCCCAUAUCACUAGCAACAGCUCUCGAAUGUCCCAGGCAGUCGUCUCUCCCAGCCCAUAUUGUAUCUGGGGAUUUGCUACAUGGAUAGCAUGUGCUUUAUCUCAAAGCUACUUCCCCUUCUUGAUCAUAAAAUGAACACUGCUAUUUAUUACACUUCUUGAAUUAAAUGAACAGUGGUAUAUUCCAACCUGUCAUUCAGUAGGUCAGCUCUUCUGAAUUUUUUUCUCCUUUAUGUAAAUAAUUCCUUUUGCAACUUGUAUGACAGAUAAAGUUGUAAAGGUCUACCUUUCAAUAGACGUGGCUAUGAUUCAAGAAAGCUGUUUGCCAACAUAUAGGCAGGAGCACUCAAGUUUUUGCUGCAAAACCAUUAGUCAAAGAGGCAGAUUUAAAACAGUUUGCUUCUGUGACUGUUAUAUGUUGCAGCACAAACUUUGGUUCUCUCUUUGUUCACACACAUGUGAACACAGCUUCUUUGCACCCUUUCCGUUGCCUCUUUAUCAUGCAAGAACCUCUUCCUGUUGUACUUUGCAAGUGUGAGGGCAGGUAGAUGUUUUAAUAAAUUCAGUACAUUUGUUUAUUGAAUAACUUCUGAUAUUGUUGGAAUCUUUGUUAAUUCUUCUGCUUAGUAUGUGCAUGCUACAAAAAUUACUUUUUCACACAUGUGUGUUCCCUUGCAGAACAAAAGCCGUCCUCAUUCAAGGGGAGAAUAUAAUGUUUACAGUACCUUUCAGAGUCAUGAACCUGAGUUUGACUACUUGAAAAGUCUAGAAAUUGAGGAAAAAAUUAAUAAAAUUAGGUGGUUACCACAACAGAAUGCUGCUCACUUCUUAUUAUCUACAAAUGGUAAGUUUACACAACACAUUUUUCUGCAUAUGUUCUAGUUGUAUCUGAUUACUUCUAGAUCAUUCAUGUCUACUUACAUAUAGUAUCAUUUGUAAUGUAACUACAGUGGUACCUUGGAUCUUGAAUUUAAUCCAUUCUGGGAAUCCAUUCGACUCCCAAAACAGCCAAUUGGCUCCAAGAGCUUCCUGCACUCACGUUGGACAUUCAGCUUCUGAAAAACAUUUGCAAACCGGAACACUCACUUCCGGGUUUGUGGCAUUCAGGAGCCAAUUUGCUGAGGAGCCAAGCCUUUCGACUACAAAGGUACCACUGCAUAAUUGAAUUCCUCAUUUGCAACACCAAAUAACUGCUUGGUGCUACAAAAGCAAGUCAAUAAUAAUAAUAAUAGUUGUUGCUGUUGUCAUAAUCAACCCUGCCAUCUGGUGUUUCAAUUUCUGCAGUCCCAAAUCCCCACACUGGCCCAUAAGCUAAUAGCAAAGUGUAAAUUUGCCAUGACAUUUAAACUGGUGAACCAUGGGUUCUCUUGCUUUGUAAGCCAUAGUUCACUAAGCUAGUUCAGUUGUUCUUUAUGAAACCGUUAUCGUGCUGUGGACUUCAUAACCAAUUUUGAACGAUAUAUUGAAAAAUCACCCAGGUCUAGACAUAAGAGCAUUGAGGCUAUCAGCAUCAUGAUGUAACCCUCCUUGUAAAGGAAACCAGUACGCUUUCUCACUGUCAGUGUUCCCAACUGUUCUUUUCCAGACACUAAAGAGAAAUUAUUUGUGAAGUGUUUACUUGUCCUGUGUCAGAUUUUUACAAUUGCCCAAAUUAUUUUGAUAUCUUUCUGCAAACCCUUUACAUCAUAAGAUUUCUGAUACCUUAAGAGGUAUCACUUGCUUGAGUGGGCAAACAAGAAUAUAUCUUUAGAUUAAGUGAUUUAAGAUGCCGAAAACCUUAAUAUUUAAUAAUUUAGUAAAUGAUAAAUCCUUGAAGACUCCACUCUGCUUCUUAACUAUUAUACAAGCUAGUAUUAAUAAUUCAUGGCUUAAUAAUGUACUUCGCUGAACUGAUACUUUUCACCCGAAGAGGAUAGCAUUAUAGUGGCAGGGAACCUGCAAGUGUGCUGUGUUUCUGAACAUAGUCUGGCCCCCACAGUAUUGUUGAGGAUCUCUGAAUCAUGUUUUUCUGUUCAGUUUAAAAUAUCUCCAGAAACCUAUUUGACACAAUGGACCAAGAGAUUUACAGCCGUUGUGCUAGUUUAUUUUAUUUUAUUUUUGCACUGGUUUUCUUAGGUAAAUUAACUGGGGUAUUUUUUAAAAUACUGUUUUUAGAAAAUCCAAACACUACUUUUGUAAUAACAUGACUACAUGUUAUAAUAAAUACCUUGCAUAAUGAAAAUAUCUGAAGAAAUGUUUUCUCGGUAUAAAAGUAUCUAUUUCUCUUCAAAUAAUCUACAGCAUUUAUCAGGCAAAUAUAUCCAUUUUAUCAGAGUGUACUCUAGGCUGUUCAUCAUUAUGAUAGUGCUUUUUAUAUUUUAAAAAACCUGUUGUGUAAGACUUUCUACUUAUAGUUGAAAGAAGGUUCUUAGUUGCUUACUGAAAUUGUAAAUUCUUCAGUUGUGCAGACUGUUGUGGCAGGCACAGCUGAAACAAAUGCUUAUUGUUCACGCCCCUUAGAGGCACUCCUGACGUAAUUAUAUAAAUGCUAGUGGCCUAAUGCAGUUGUGUGCUUGGUUAUACAGAAACUAUGCACAAGUUCUUCAUAAAAGUUGCAGCUUUGUAAUAGAGAACGGUGACACUUCACAUUGUGUGUUGCUAACAAAUUGCUAUAUACAAUGGUUGCCUAAAUUAUAUUAAUUUCACCACCACUAGAAAUACCAAUACAACACAGGGUUGUGUAUGUGCCAUCAUUCUUCAGGAAUGCAUAAAAAGUGCAGCUUGUGUAUCAAAUAGAAUUCAGUUUCAUGAGAAAUAAAGCCCCACUCUAGCCCGUAUGGUUACAAAGAUAUGCUUUGUAAUGUCAGUACUUCUGAAAUUUCAGGGAAGGGAAGGGACCGAAUAAGAGUGGAAGCAAUGCUUUGUAGCUCCUUACUCCUUCACAAUAUUACCCAAAAUAAAAUUGAUUAUGGUCUGGGCUUCAAAACUCACCAGUUGUAAGUGCCUCCCAAUUCUCUGUAAAGUGCAAGGGUAGGGAGAGUUCAGGUCCCUUUUUCUCAACAAUGCCUUAGCAAACACAAGUAUCACACUGGAAAUGAAACAAGACCUAGCCCUUCCCGCAAGCUUUGGAGAAGAGGCUGCUUUCACUGCAUCUUCCCUUCUUUAAAACCCUGCUCACAGUGAAAUCCAGCCCGCCUGCUCCCCCAAGUCCUCUACAUGUGACAGAAACAGUGUACCUGAGUAUCUCUGGAAUGUGUGUGUGGCACAUUAUUUCUAUACAACCAUUGCAUAAUAUGUUCCACUUGCAAAGAUUAUGCAUUUAGAAUUGAUUUGUCUGGGCAGAGUUCAGUUUAUAAACAAACCAUUCAUUCAGUCUUCUCCACGUCCAAAUUCUUAGUCGAGCUUGUAUACCAUACUGGGUUAUUUGUAAGAUGACAAAGUAGCUUUCGGUGUUGUUUGAUUUCAACCAUUUGAAUAUUUUCUCCUUUUUUCAGAUAAAACUAUUAAAUUAUGGAAAAUCAGUGAACGAGAUAAAAGAGCUGAAGGUUAUAACUUGAAAGAUGAAGAUGGAAGACUUCGGGAUCCAUUUAGAAUCACAGCACUACGGGUAUUUUGUUACCUUUAUUUAGAAUUAACAAAAUCUAAGCAAUGUUACUAACUGUUGUGUCACAGUUGUAUCAUGCAAAGUAGAAACUUGAUUAGAUACUUGAUUUUUUUGAAAGCUGUCAGUGUUUGUAAAAAGCAAAAAAGGAGGAAAAGGUUCUGACCUCCCUUUGUCUCCUCAGCCUGGUCCUCGGACCCUUGUCGGCACAAAAGAGUCCACGAGAAUAUCCUUGCAGAGUUUAAUUCUUAAAAGUCUUUGUGCAAAACACGACUACACACCAGCACCAACCAACCAACCAACCCAAACACCAGCCUCAGCAACAAACUAACAUUUCUCACUUAUAUAUACAACUUGGUGCAGACCACUGAGUCAUGCUGACCCAGCUUUAUUCGCAUUAAAGAAACAGCGGCCAUUUUAGCCGUGACAAAAGCUUCUAAACAUCUACUUAGAAAACUAUCAGGUUGGGAAAGCGCUAUAACUCAUUGCACCCUUUUCUCUGUAUAAAGAGAAUCUUAACUAUAAAAUCUUAUCUAAACACAUAAUUUUGUAUGAAAAAGGUUGCAGCUGCAGUCCCUGUCAUCUCCAGGUACACCUGGAUAAGCUCUGUCUUUAAAGCCACUGCCAGUCAGUACUGUAUAGAGAAUACUGACCUAGAUGUAGCCAUAGUCUGACUUGGUAAAAUGAAGCGUCCUCUGUUCCUUUAAUUCAAGACGUUUAACUCCCUUGAAACGUCUACAGUUAACCUAGUCAUUUCAAAGACAAUUUUAUCUGUGUAUUUAAUACUGUUCUUUACUGGAUGUUCUGGAACAUUGUUAAGCUAUUUGAAAACAGGAAAAGGUGAUUCUACUUAUGGUUGCAUAUCGGUUAAAUUUGCACUUUUGGAAACUUGCACAAUGUUAUACCACUCUUUAUUGUUUUUGAACGCUGAAGACAGGCUGCUAGAGAGCCUUUUCAGCUUAAUCUUUCACAGGCACAGAACAGUUUGACAGUCGCCAUUUAAAAUAUCAAGCUACUUUUGAAACAGUGAUGUACAAAUUAGCAUGCCAAAAGUUAGAAAGCAAGAUGUCAGAGGAAUGUAAAAGGACUUGAUACACAUGUGGUUCUAUAGGUCUGAGUCAUGCAGUUUUACUUGGCAUGCUAGUACGUUUAUGCCUUGUGUGUUGACACUUGAAUUCUAAUUUUUAGAAUGGAUUUGUGAACCCUGACUAGAGAAGGUGUUGAGUUGAUUGAGAUCUGAAAUAGUACACCAUUAGAAAUAUCAAAGUCUUCAAAAGUAGGGGGUCUAUGGCUUGGCUUUUGAAAAACAGGGUCCACAGUACUUAGCUAAUUGGGAAUCACUAAUUUAGGGUAUAUUCAGAAGUAGUUCUGCUUGAGCAAAGGGCUACUUAGUACUAUCUUGAAUGCAAUCCAAUGCCAGAUCAUUCCAGCAACUUUUGUAACGUUAAAGAUUUUGUAACUUUAAGAUAUUGUAGUGAUUAGCCCUUUAAAUAAAUAUUUCAUGUAGUAGUGAACUUCUCUCCCUUUCUCUAUUUUUAGGUGCCAAUAUUGAAACCCAUGGACCUAAUGGUAGAAGCAAGUCCCCGAAGGAUAUUUGCAAAUGCACACACAUAUCACAUAAACUCUAUUUCAGUAAAUAGUGAUCAUGAAACGUACCUUUCUGCAGAUGACCUAAGAAUCAACCUGUGGCAUUUAGAAAUCACAGACAGAAGUUUUAGUAUCCUUUUUUAUAUUAGAUACAUAGAAAUACUUAAUGCUUAGUAGCGUCUUACAAUAAGUAUUACUGGCCUCAAUCAGUUGUUCUGAAUAUGAUAAAUCAUCUGUUUUAUUUUGUUUAGUCUUUUAAGACAAGGGUAGGGAAUCUCUGGUCCUCCCAGGUGCUGUUGGACUAUAGUUGCCAUCAUCAUUAGCCAUGCUGGCUGAGGGUAAUGGGCACUGAAGUUAAAUAAAGUUUGGAGAGCCUACAUGUUCUCCACAUGUUCUUUAGAAUUUCAGGAGUUUUGAGUUUGGAAGAGCGAAAAAAUGCAAGGCAUGUAAAAAUGGUGGACUCUCCUUCCUUGGAGGUAUUUAAACAGGUUGGAUGGCCAUCUGUCAUGGAUGCUUUAGCUGAGAUUCCUGCAUUGCAGGGGGUUGGACUAGAUGACCUUUGGGACCCUUCCAAUUCUAUGAUUCUAUGAAAUGUCGGGGAGGGCGAGCAUUCUUCGCAGCUGUCUUGUGCUGUCAAAAUAAUGAGCGGUAACAGUGCCUUGUAACUUCUUUCUGCCUUGAACUCUUAUGACUCCCAGUAAACAAUUCUUCUCUGGGUUUUGCAUUUUUUAAAAUAAUAUUUAACUCUCAUAUGCUAGAGUUCUGUUUGGCAACUAUAUUAAAGGGAGCCCAGAGCAGUGAUCAACAUAGUGUCUGAUAAGACCACAGCCAAAUGAUAGCUUUAAAAUGUGCAGUGCAUUAUUGUGUUUCUAUCCCCUCCCAAAGGCCUGGACAAAUUAAAUUCAGUCUGAACAUGGUCGGGGAAGUGGGUGCUUGAUCCCCCCCCCCUCCACCUUGAGUCUCAAAUAUGAGGUGCUGUUAAGAGAAAGCUGUCUCUCAUGUUCACAUGCCCCGACUGUUGGUGGUGGUACUCUGAGAUGACCCUCUCCCCUCCACCCCUGUUGUAAACUGCAGGUUGUAGAGAAUGGUGAUCCUUCAAUUGUAUUUUAGAUGAUAAACUGAAUGCUAGAAAUGUCAAUUCCAAAUAAUAUAGAAUUUGGGUACAGUUUUUAGAUUGUUUAUUUCCCUGUAUUGCAUACUUUGAAAGUUAUAUUUUGAGGAAAACAAAUCUAUAAGAACCUAUACAAACAAACUUUCAGACAUUGUAGAUAUAAAGCCUGCUAACAUGGAGGAACUUACAGAGGUGAUAACGGCAGCAGAAUUCCAUCCUCAUCAUUGUAAUGUGUUUGUCUACAGCAGUAGCAAAGGAACUAUACGGCUCUGUGAUAUGCGUUCAUCAGCUCUUUGUGAUAGACAUUCAAAAUGUAAGUAUUUUCUCAGUUUUCUUUACCAUUUCUCAGAAAAAAACAGGUAUGUUUUCUGUAAAGGACGCGGGUGGCUCUGUGGUUUAGACCACAGGGCUUGCCAAUCAGAAGGUCAGCGGUUCAAAUCCCUGUGAUGGGGUGAGCUCCCAUUGUUUGGUCCCACCUCCUGCCAACCUAGCCGUUCGAAAGCACAUCAAAGUGCAAGUAGAUAAAUAGGUACUGCUCCGGCGGGAAGGUAAACGGCAUUUCUGUGCGCUGCUCUGGUUUGCCAGAAGCGGCUUAGUCAUGCUGGCCACAUGACCCAGAAGCUGUCUGCGGACAAACACCAGUUUCUCAGCCUAUAGAGCGAGAUGAGCACCGCAACCCCAGAGUCGUCCGCGACUGGACCUAACGGUCGGGGUACCUUUACCUAUACCUUUAUGUUUUCUGUAAACUAAUAUUCUGUUUAUUGGUAGAGAACAUCCCAGUGUCUAUCUGAGAUCUCACCAUUCCAAUGGGCAUAGAGUACAUGGUGUCUUGAUUUUUUAGGGCACAUUUCAGCAACUCUUGUGGGGCAGAGGUUGGAAACCACUGAUAUGGCUAAGCCUUGGUUAACUAAAAAUGUUAAAGUAUAAACCCUAAUAGUAAGCAGCUUUUCUGUCCACUUUCACAACUUUCAGUCUUUGAAGAACCUGAAGAUCCCAGCAGCAGAUCAUUCUUUUCAGAAAUAAUUUCCUCAAUAUCGGAUGUAAAAUUCAGUCAUAGCGGUCGAUACAUGAUGACUAGAGACUACCUUUCAGUUAAAGUAUGGGAUCUCAAUAUGGAAAACAGGCCUGUAGAGACCUAUCAGGUACAGUGUUUGUGUGUUAUAUUUUAUAAUAAUAAAGAUUUCUUCCCAAAAUUGAACACGUUCUCAUGCUCUUCAACACUUAUAUAUUUUAAGGUUCAUGAAUAUCUGCGAAGCAAACUUUGUUCACUGUAUGAGAAUGACUGCAUCUUUGACAAGUUUGAGUGCUGCUGGAAUGGUUCUGAUAGGUAAGGCUGACUUGUGUAAGGAGAUUCGCUUAAAUGCUUGCCUGAACUGAAAAUUGGUGGUGGUUUUAAUUUAAGCAGAAGGAAAAGUGAGAUCUAUGAUCCACACUGGGGCUGGUGAGCAGGGCGGGUGACAGCCUAAACUUCUACUUUAGCUUCCACAGUAGUUCUCAGUGCAUCUAUAUUAGUUAUGUCAUUGUGUACUUAAUAACUUGCUGUAGGUCAUCCUCAAAGUAUGUGAUGGGUAGCAUGAUAAAAACAAAUGUGCUGCCUUAGGAGGAAAUAUAAAUUCAGUGAUGGUACAUUUGCUUUGUGUGGAAAAGAGAGGGGGAAUUCCUGGGAUCAGUCCUCGGUAUCUCAGACUUCAAGCAUGUGGCCUGGUUGCUGCCAGAAGAAAAUUUUGUGUGUGAAUUGAAUGGUAUCAUAAAGAUGGUUGGCUGCUUGAAAUAUCCUUUAGUGUGGAAGUGGACAACCUUUGUUCUGUUAAGAAGCACAUUCCUUUGGGGAUAAACUGAUGGGAUCCGCAUGCCAACUGUGGGCCAAACCCCAAAGUGAGUGGGGCCCUCCUUUUUUCUGUCUUCCCACCCAGUGGGCUGCUAGUAUAGAGACAGAUUGCUCUUGCCAGUGGUCUGAACUGAUCAUUUGCUGCAAGAAGGUGUUGAAAUGAGGUGAAGGACCACACAAAUUAAACCCCAAGGGCUUUAGGCGGCCCACUGCUCAUUGUGUGGCACGAUAUAGCAUAGAUGCCACAACACACAAAGAUUCAGCAAUGCCUUCCUCCUGGUUAAGUUCAUCUCCGCUGGGAAAAACCCCACCCUAAUAACGAGAGCUGUUGCCAAUCAGUUGGUCUGGAUCAGCUGCUGGUAAGAGACAGCUUAUUAUUUACAUGAAAAACAUGAUACACAUAGGAAAAUACUAAUAAAAUAGGAAUGCCUCUCAUGCCAUUGUAACUAUCCAUUAAGGUCUGCAGGAGAGGCCCAUCUUUUGUGCUUCCACCUCAAUCUGAAGUUCAGGGAGCAGGGGCCUUCUCUGCAGCAGCACCUCAUCUCUGGAAUGACUACCUCUCAGAGGCAGGUCUGGUACUGACAUUGGUUCCUUUUCAUUGGUUAGAGAAGAUGCACCCCUUCCCCCACUCUUAGGAGGAGUGAGAACUGUAAGGAGCCACAGCAGUUUGUUGCCUGCUGAUGAUCUUACAUAUUUUAAGGAAAUUUAAGGAAAUUUUACAUGUGUGUGGUUAUUUUAUUGAUGUUUUGUUGUUAUCUUUCCUUGAGACCCAUUGAUGAAGAACAAACUAGUAAUAACAAAUAAAUAAAUAGUAAGGAAAAGGAAAUUGCAAUCCUCCUAAAAUUGCAAGUAACUUGACAUUACCUAUCAGUAGUAAGCGAUGAAUAAAAAGUUGUUAUCUUCUCUUUUCCAAUGCAGUGCUAUUAUGACUGGCUCAUACAACAACUUCUUUAGGAUGUUUGAUCGAAACACACGGCGAGAUAUUACAUUAGAGGCUUCAAGAGAAAGUAGCAAACCUCGUGCUAUCUUAAAGCCCCGGAAAGUGUGCACAGGUGGCAAGAGAAAGAAGGAUGAAAUAAGUGUUGACAGUCUGGACUUCAAUAAGAAGAUCCUUCAUACAGCAUGGCACCCUGCAGAGAACAUCAUUGCUGUAGCUGCCACCAAUAACUUGUAUAUAUUCCAGGACAAAAUUAAUUAAAGACGGCUUAUCUGAGGACAAAGUUGUCGUCUUGCAUAGUUAAGCUCAGUUGUUUAUCUGUCAGAGAGAUGGCCUUGUUGUCCUCCCAGUAAAGAACAUUGAUGCACUUAUUUCCCUUUAUAGGUAAAGGAGAGAAGCUGGCCUGGACUUGAGUUCAUGGUGUAUUUCUGCCUUCAGUGAGGGAGAACGUGGAAUUGAAUUUUUGUAAACGAAAAAAAGCCCACUAGAAGCAGAAUUGAUGGACAAUACUCAAUAAAGGCCAAUAUUCAAAACAAAUGUAUUUAUUUAAGUCUGAGCCUUCCUUUCCAGUUGAUAGACCAAAAAUCUAACACCCAAGAAACAAAUUGUCAUAAAAAUGUAAUUUCUAUCUCACGUGCUCUUUAUCUGCUGUAAUAUUUGGGCCUUUCAAAACAUAUAUUUGUGCUUUAUGCCUGUAAACAUUCUUUCUCUGGCCUUCAUCUAAGCUUUAGGUGUUUCUACCUUUGAGCAUAUAGGUAAGUCUAGAGUUGGGUGUGUAGACAGGUUUUUCAUGUAUAUUUACUCACCAACUGUAUCUAUAACCACACCUUCCGGUGUAAACCACUUAAUAAAAAUAACAAACUAUAAAAAGUGUUUUUAAAUCUGAAAGUAUGUAUUCAGUCUUUUUUAUUGCAUGUAUUGAGAUUGUGCAAAAUAACUCUGACGGAAAGAUUUGAAAAUAGUUUGUCCCAAAAAUAUUAGGUUGUAUCCAAUGCUAGUCCUGCUCUGAACAGGCCCAUUGAAAUUAAGACACGAGACAAACAGGCUCAUUAAUCUCAAUGGCUCUACUCUGAGUAGAACUUAAUUGAAUACUAUCCAUUUUUUGACAGUAUAAGCAGUUUAAAGCAGUAUCUACUGCUUCAAACACUAAACUGAAUUUUUUUCUCCAGUUGUCAUCACCUUAGCUUGUAUUAGUUUUUUGUGUAAGAAAGGGGGGGGCAUCAUAAGGUGCGCAGAAAAGACAAAGUGUAAAGUACUUGUUUAAAGUUAUAUACAGCCUUAAAGGAGCAAGAUGGUCUUUUACAUCAAAACCUUCAACAAAUCACUGCUCUGGUUUAACAGUAAACAUGCCUCAACAUUUGAGAAGCAUACCUUAAUGUGCAUUACUACUACUUCUUUUUUUAACCUUUAGUCCUUUUUGUUCCAUAGAGUACACUUUUGAAAAAUAUUACAACUGGGCAUAAGCAUAGGCAUAUAAAACUUUCCAUUGCAAUUCAUAUGUGUAUGUUUUUAAACUUGAUUAUGCCAAACAGGAGCACAACUUAAACAUGUUUUAACUCUUACUCCAGGUCUGUAACACCAGGAGAUCAAGCUGUAUUGAGGCUGAAUACUGAUGUGAAAAUAUAUUUGUAGAAUACUGAGUUUCCACUAGCAAUAGGGGGCUGCAGAAAAGUUAUGGGGUCUCUCUCGCUCCUAGAAGAUACGUGAUUAACUCCCAGUAUUUCACUGUAAGCUUCUGUGGGAGAAAACUUGUACACACAAAAAGAGUGGGCACACUUUUAAUAGCAUCAAGUAUCUUAAAUACUAGCGCAAGUACUAUCACUUGCUCCAGACUUCCUACUAAAUGUGCCUAUGAAAUCCUCCUUAAAAUUCAGGCCCUUUAAGCUUCCAGGGUGAAAUACUUGUGUGUGGUUUACACUCGAAUUUUAAAGAAAUGAAGGUUUAAUAUGAUUGCUAGAGUCCGAUAUGAAUAUGCAAGAGCAGCAUGUCUCUGUUCCUACCCUAUCAAUUAACGUCCAUAGAGUGCCACUCUUGUUCGCGAUACAAUAAUAAAUACUAAUUUGGGGUUUCUAAAGAUAAAGAUUAAAAAUCGUAUACUGUAUAUCAGUUGUGACACUAUUUGCAAAUCUUGAAAUGUGGAACGGUUAGGUCAUUUAACCAUUAGAUUGACUUUGUUCCUUAAAAUACAUGAGGUAAAUACAAUGGGAUUGUACAUAAUUGUUCAAUUAUUUUGACCAAAAAGUUUAAUAAAUUUUAAAUGUUUACCUGCACUUGCUCUGUGUACUUUGAAACUUUUUCAAUGUACUCUUCCCCCAAAAAAUUUCAUCUGAAUUGUCCAAUGUCUUUCAGAAUGUUCAAUGUUAUUUUCACUGUACAAAGUGGCUGCUACAUGAGAGUAGCUUACACCCCGAGACAGAUGGAUGCCAGCCACACUUCUUUGCAUAGAUGUGACAUGUCUACUGCUUUCUAUAGCAUUCUUUGGGCCCAUUUAGGUGUAUGCUGGAAGAUGCUAUGAUUCCGUAUUUCAGAUUUUUAAAAAUGUUUUCAAUGCUUUUAAUGCUAGACUGUUUGCAUGUCCUCUUCUUACUCCCCUACUAAAUCGUAGCAGUUAAUUGUUUUGCAAAGCUGUUAGUUGAAAUAGCUGAGAAACAUGAAAUGCUUAAAGAAGCUUGCUGUGACUAAGUCAGAGGUCUCUUGGUGUAAGGGAUAGCUUUGAAUUGUGCAUUUAAUGUAAAUGGGUUGGAUUCUAAGUUUUUUCCUCAGUAAAUGAAAGGGAUUCUUUCAUUCACAGAACAGAAACGUGAGAAUCCAAGUCGCUGUGUUAUCCAGCCUGAGCAAGGUAUUUAAUACUCAAUAUUGAACAUUUUGCAAUUGGAGUUAGACUCCAUUUUCCUGGUUCCAAUCAUACUAUCAGUCUUGCAUGUAUUUGGAUUGCUUCGUAUUAUUAAAAUGUGUGCUUAUGUUUUUACAGCACCUUGAAAAGUACUGUUGAUUCACAAUGAAGAUAGUCAUGUUCAGCUUUUUCAUCUUUUCUGUAACAUCCACCCAUUUGAAUGAUAAAGCAAUUGUGAUGAAAUGUAGGAACAUUUAGCUUUCCCAGUAGAAUCAACUUAGUAAUAUUGCAUUCAACUUUUUGAAUCUUAAUUUUUAGGUCUGUGAGAGCUUUAAUGCAUAGGCAGUGCUGUACUAUUUGAGUUACGGUAUAAUUUCAGAGAAUAUAAAUUCAGGCAUAUUGUGAGGGCUUCCCCUCCUUUUGAAGCAUCUGGAUAAUCACAUUCAGAUCUUACCAUAAAUAUGCAGAUGCUGUCUGGCUGGCUUAUGAAGAGUCAUUUAGGAUGCAGGCAGCUGUGGAUCCCAAUUUGAACUGGGCCAGGAAGGAGCCUGAACUUUGGCUCCCAAUUUAUGACUACAGCUGGCUGCAUUCAGGGUGAGAGGCCUGCUGACAGUCUGGCACACAUUCCUUUCAAAUUGGCUGUGUUUCGGCAUCUACCAGUCUGGGUUUUGGAACUGAUGAUGGGUCACUGGAAAACGGGGGCAUUUGUAUCCUUACGAUGGGCCGCUCAAGGGCCCUGGCUAAUACUGUUUUGCAGAAGUGUGCUUGUUCCCUUCCUUGCUUUUGUUUUGAUAGGUGCUUGGAGGGUACUGGUGCUCAUUUGUGGCCACAGUUUGGUGUUUCUGGGCCAAUCACACGGUGUGGCAAGAUGCUCAUGGAAUCCAGUUUGGGCUUGGCGAAAGUGCAUGUAUGCAGUGGGUUGGGUAGGCAUGGUAUACAAUGAAAGUGCAUUUUGCCAGCAUUGUUCAACCCUCUCAUAUUUCGGUCAUUUACCUGGGUGGAAACUUUUGCAGUUGCUGAAGGUCAGUGUUCAAGCCUAUUUGGAAUUCCGGGUCCUACAACAGUGGUGACCCAGGGCCUUGAUUGUGUGGGCUGGAGCUCCCCCAAGGUGGGUUUGUCAGGAUUAUGGUGACCCCCAGCUAUCUUAAUUGGGCAUGUCAGAAGAUAAAAAGGGAAGCCCAGCAAGCCCUGGUUGCAAUCCUGCAUGAUACUAUUCACCAGUAUGUUAAGAUGGAACUUUGCAGCUGAAUGGGCUCACUUCUCCAAUAUGAGU